AUGUCGACUGCCUUGUCUUCCGCACGGGAAGCACUCUCAUCGCUAGACAAGCAGGAGCAGAAUCUCAACGUCAAAGAUGGCAUUUCGCUUCUGUCUUUGAAGCAUCACACUAUGCUAUCUUAUAUGCGAUCCCUGGCCCUUGUCUCGUCCCAUCGUGUGCUCGGGCACUCGUUAAAUAAUCGUACAAUGCCCACUCAACCAUUCAGCACAACGACACGAACACCUCGCGGAAACGGUGCAGGUGACCUCGUCGACUCGAUGAUCGAGGGUCGCGUAGUGCUUGAAAAAAUUGGCGCUCUUGAGAGCCGAAUGCGAUACCAGAUCGAAAAACUUUUAAAGAUUGCCGAGGAUUCUGGAAAGAAGGACAACAUGUUUGACGACCCUCUGGACUUUCGUCCAAAUCCACAAAACCUCAUGUCCAAGCAAGGAGGGCAGGAAGACGCAGACUCGCACCCUGAAUCUUUUUCACGCAACGAUUACACACCUGCCGGCGACGGAAUAUACCGUCCGCCACGGCUGGCACCAGUGCCUUAUGUUGCAAAAUCAAAAAGCGAGAAACGUCGGGAUCGUCCUCCCGUCCCGUCCGCUUUGGCUACCUUGUCUGCCGACCCCUCGCGGCCACACCUCGAAACAACUUCCGGUUUAGGUGGAAUUCCAGCCCUCGCUUCAGGUCGAGCCAGCUACCUGAAAAGGUUGAAGGACUUUGAGGAAGAGAACUUUUCGAGGUUGAUAAUGAAGAAGAGUGACGCCAAACGACGCGCGAGAGACGAAGAAGACCUUGCGUUGGGUGGGAAUUUAGCUGGAGGUGGGGGCAGACGCAGAGCGGGAGGACUGGCGGAUGAAUUUGGAGAUGUGUUAAGGAGUGUGGAUAGGGUUAGUGGACGCGGGCAAGGUGACGGCUACGAAGAGCUGAGGAGGAAAGGCAAAAAAGAGGAUGUUCUUUCUCGGAGUCGUAGGUCUGGAGGGUUGAAGAGACAUGAAGAAGCUGAUGGGGGAGAUGAUGAACCUCGACCGAGGAAACGAAGUCGAUUUGAGCUGGAUGCCAAGAUCGCAAAAAAGAAAUUAGGCAAACGAAGAGGAUAG